CUGCCUCCGCCGUGACCGCCAUCUUGCUGCCGCCGCGUGUUGCCGUGGGAGGAAGCCCCCGCCUCGGCUCCAGAUCUACCGACAGCAUGAAUCAAGAGAAAUUAGCCAAACUCCAGGCUCAGGUCCGGAUAGGAGGCAAGGGCACAGCACGCAGAAAGAAGAAGGUGGUGCACAGAACGGCCACAGCAGACGACAAGAAACUCCAGAGUUCUCUCAAAAAAUUGGCUGUGAAUAACAUUGCUGGUAUUGAAGAGGUGAACAUGAUUAAAGAUGAUGGGACAGUUAUUCAUUUCAACAACCCCAAAGUCCAGGCUUCCCUCUCCGCCAACACCUUUGCCAUCACUGGCCAUGCAGAAGCAAAGCCAAUCACAGAAAUGCUUCCUGGAAUCUUAAGCCAGCUAGGGGCCGACAGCUUAACGAGUCUUAGGAAGUUAGCCGAGCAGUUCCCUCGGCAAGUGCUGGAUAGCAAAGCACCCAAGCCUGAAGACAUCGACGAAGAGGAUGACGAUGUGCCAGAUCUCGUAGAAAAUUUUGAUGAAGCGUCAAAGAACGAAGCCAACUAGAGUCGGAUGAUUCUUGGUGGCUGGCAUGGACUGGGUUGGAGAAAGGAGCGGGCAGCUCCACAGCUGUGUGGCGGCCAAGAACAUCGCCUGUUA